AUGUCAUCAGGUUUGUGGAAGAUCUUCAAAAGGAAGGGCAAAGAUGACGACGAGGCGGAAACGAAAGCCACGAAGGCCCACAUGGGCGAGGAAAACAAGAUGUACUACAAUGAGCAGCUCAAGCGCUGGGUCGUGAGAGGAGAGGAACAUCUGGUCGAGCAGGAGCAACUGCCGCCGCCUCCUCCCACGUCCGUCGGCGCUGCGCCGCCCUCAGCAGGCCCUCGCGGCUUUGCCAGGGGCAGAACGUCAAGAAGUCUGUACACUGCAACUCCAGGUUUGAACGUCCGGCCGGCAACGGCGUCGGCGUCGGCUGCGGCUUCGCUGCCCAAACCGGCUUUCGUUCUCCCUCCCUUUGCUGCCUCGAAGCCGGCGGUUUCUUCGCCUCCGCCUAGCGGUGAGACGCAGUCUUCCUCGUUUCCCCCGCCCUCUGCGUCUGUGGAGGAAACUGCGGGCCAGUCCCCGCCGCUUUCGAAUGGAUUCGUGAAAGGCGCGGGCGAGGCAGAGACCAGCAGGGAGAGCGCUGAAGCUGUCUCGGCGGACUUGUUGAAAACUGCAGACGGGGCAGGAGCGUCGGGAGAGCUGCGACCCGACGAGCCCGUGCCGAAAGGCGAGAAACCUCCAGAGGAGCAUCGUCCUCAUCCGUCGCUUCCCGUCUUCUCCUCCUCUCCCGUCUCGGCGUGUGGCGGCUUCGCUGACGAGGCAGUUUCUGGAGGCGUCGUGAGAUCGAACAUUUCUUCCGGCUCUGAAAACGGUCUUGUGAACGGAAUUCAUCCAGUAGGCUCGCCUGUACCGCCCCGCGCGGAUGCUGACGCCGACUGGGUCGCGGCUCCUUGCCCCGACACCCCGUUUCCCCCUGCUGCGAGUCCGCCUUCUCGUUGCGAGGAGCAGGCUGAGGCACCAAACGGCGUCCCUUCAAUGGAGGCGCGUGGCCGUACGGAAGGUGUGAACCUCGCAGGAAGUCAUCAGGGGCCGUCGCCGUCUUCUGCUCCUGCACUCUCGGCGGGUCCUUUCGGCUUGUCUGCGGCCCCGGCGACUCUCUCUGGUCCACCUCGCCCCGCGUCGCCUCAGCCUGCGGCGAUGGGUCAGCCGCCGCGCCCGGCGCAGUCUCUUCCCCGGGACCUGACGGCGUCUUCUGCUCCCUCGCCGUCCACGGGCGCUCUCGGAGCAGGCGGGUCGGCACCGAGAGAGGACACUCCGGCUUUGCAUGCCCUUGGGCUCCCGCGGGGCGGCCUGUCUGUCGCCCUGGACAGCAGUAGUGAGGACGAAGUGGAGACGGACAGCGUGACCGUUGGAGACGAGUCGAGCGACGGGUCCGUCAGCUGCCGAGACUUUUGGCACCGAGCGGGGGGAAAGCAUGGGACGCGCCUCGCCAGUCGAGGAAUCGGUGGUGGAGACGCCGCAGACGCAGAAUCUCCACGCAUGCUCGGGCGCGAUCUCGUCAGAGACCGCCAGCAGCGAAGCCGCGGCGGACAAGACCGAGAAGUGCGGGAAUGGGAGCGAGGCCGCCAACCAGGUUUCCGAGAGAGCGCAGACAGCCUGCAGGCUCCAGCUUACGCUGCCGCUUUGAAGGAGUGGAUGGACGAACCCACGUACCCGGGAGAAGACCUUGGGCGCAUGCAGGAAACCAGCCGGACCCGAAACGGCGAAGGCCAGCCUGAAGAACUCCCGAGCGCCGACGCGGGAGUCGCCGGCCAAGGGAUGGCGGCGCAGGUGCAUGGACACCAGGACGCGGUGUCCGUACACCAGGGUGGUGAGGUUGUGCAGCGGAGUGAGUCCCCUCAGGAGGCGGAAACGGUUCCGAUCGCGUCGUCUUUGCAUGCGACACUGCCAGCAGAGAGGGACGGUCGCCAGGCAGGAUUCGAGGAAGCGCCCCGUGCAAUACCUCGUCUCGACGCCCAGGAAGCCGAGGCGGAAGGCCUCGUUCUCCAUGACCCUUGGAGCCCCGGUCACUUCGACGCGCGUCAGGGGGAAAGCGAGAAACUCUAUUCUGACUCCUGCGAGGCAUCGUCUGGGGUUGUUCCUGACCCUUUCAGCGCGCCGAGUGUCCAGGCCAGCCCGUCUGUGGGCGACGCUCGUCCAGGGAGUCACAACUUUCCUGUCGCCUCGCAUGCAUCCGUGGGCUCUAUGGCGCGUUCGGUUUCGCCCGCCACUUUGCCAGUCCCCGUGCCCGAAAGCGCGGCACCCCAGUGGGGACCCGUCCGCGGAGGAGCUCUUCAGGCAGAUGCACCGUUAGGCGACUGUGCGUUUCGGGUGGAAAACAGCGGUCCUGCCGGCGUGACGCCUCCGGGUUCUCGCCCGCGUGUGCCGAAUCUCAGGCGAGUAGAAGGGGAGCGAUGGGUGGAAGACCGAAGCCCAGGGAGCACUCACCGCACGCAGGUGUUCCAUCUUGCAGACUCGGAGGACGCAGGCGUCGGGGCGCUGAGCGGCUCACCGCUAGGGGGCCGGGAGUCCUGUCCCGGACUGGGGUCUCCAGUUGAAACGGGAGAGAAGAGAACAGGGGAGACGCAGGCCGCGGCGGACACGUUUCCGGUUCUUCACGGCUCUUCCCGAAUAGACGAAAGCCGACAAGGGGUUUCGGGAGGCGAAGAGGACGCAGCAAGGCAGCAAGACCUGGACGCGGUCGAUCUGUUUUACCAAAGCGACGAAGCAGGCGGGAAGCACAUCCAAGAACAGGCCGUCGCUCAGGCGCAGAAGGAAGGGUUUCCCGAAGCGUAUGGCGAAGCGCAGCCGAACGCCUUGAGUUCCUUUUUCGUGGCGGCUCCCUUCCAGACCGCAGGUGAGGAGACGCAUCGGCGGGAGGGUAUCAUCGCGGCCUUUUCCGCCUCCGUCGAAGAUCUCGAGCGAACCAGCGGAGCUGCGCUGGAACAGCUGCAGGAGCAGCGGAGAGCGCGACUGGAACUGGAGCGGAGAAACGCGCUUCUCCAGCGGCAAUUGCAUGCAGUCUUGGUUCUCCUUUCCCGGUUUUCUCUCUCCGGCCAAGACCGCAGUCGCCUCGCCCGGCUCCUGCAGCCGGCCGCGUCGCCCAAGAGCGAGUUGCUGCUGCAUGCGACUUUAAAUCCGAGCAAGCACCGAGAGACUCGAGACCAGGGAUUCGAAGAGGGGAGCGACCUGGGAACACCGGAGGUGGACGACUGGACGGAAGAAGGCAGAGGCGGGCAGAAGGGCGGCGGCGAGGCCGAGCAGGGCGUCGGGGCGUGGCCGAACGGGACAGGCGAGGAGACCGACUGGCUAGGGACGGGGAAGGACGCGCUGAACGACACGCGAGGCCACGGCGCCGAACGGAGCCUGUCGCAGCACACCCUCGACGACGGACACUUCUCGGGGGAGGAAGACGACGUAGAUUUCGAUGCAGACUUCGUCGAGGCAGACGAAGUCCGGGAGGCCUUCAACACGCUCACGCAGCUUUUGGCGGGGCAGCUGGAGCUUCAGAGCUCCAGUCGCGCAGAGUUGGAAGUGUGUCAGGCCGAGGCGGAAGGGUAUCUUUUGCUUGUGGAGGAACAGCAGAAGCACGUGAUCGAGCCUUUGUGCCGCCACGUGGAGCGUCUCCAGCGCGAGCAGGCCGAAGAGCGGAGUCAGGCCACCCAUCUCCGACUUGCGCAGGCUGAGCUCCUGCGUCUCUACGAAGGCGCAGCCGUCGUGACGGAGGAUCUGUGCAUGCAGAUGGAGCGCGCGCGCGAGGAGGCGACUGCGAAGGGCGCCCGGAUGACUGGCCUCGAGACCGAGCUGCAGCUGGAGCGAGAGAAGGCGGAAGCCCUGAGAAGCGAGCUGGUCGCCCGACAGCGCGAACUGGAGUCGGCCGCUGGAGACUGCGCAGCUCUGCGCGCGCAGCUGGAGAGCGAGCGACGUCGAUGGACCACCAGCCAGGCCGAGCACGCAAAGAGAGAGCGAGAACUGAAGGAGCAGCGCGACGAAGAAAUACGCGUGUUGCUGCAGGAGAAGGAGGAGGCAAUUCGCGCGGGGGCCGACCAGGUCGCCCUUCUCCACGCCAGACAGAGGGAGAAGGAAGAAGAAACACUGACGAGGGAAGUUGAGACUCGGCAGCUGCGCGAAGAGCUCCACGCCCUGCAGGCAAGACUGGAGAGCGUGCAGGCCGAGCUCGCGAGCGCGCGAGAAAGUGUGAGGCGCGCGGGCGAGGACGCGCACCGAACCGCCGAGAGCCUGCGUCUGGAGGUAGAAGCGCGCAUGCAGCAGGAAUGUCAACGGGCUGUCGCGACACUGCGAGACGAGCUGGCGCAGCUCCAGGCCGAGCGCGAAGCAGCGCGCGCGGCGCAUGCGUCGGAAAAAGCUCAGCUUGUCGAGGCCCAGCAGCAAGCAGAAAACGCGUUCACACUCUUCAGACACGACGCCGCGAAACGCGACGGCGCGCGCGAGGAGGAAAUCCGCCAGCUACGGGAAAUGGUGAAGACAGCGGAGGACGCGCAAAGCGCGCUCCAUGCGGAGGAAACCAAAAAGCUCGAGCAAGAGCUGGAUGGGGCGAGGGAAGAGACCGAGAAGCUGCGAAGGGAAACGCAGGAGCUCGUGGGCGCAUCUGAGGAGCUACGAAGGCAGCUGGAGGCAGCGAGGGCUGAUCAGCAACACGCAGCAGCCGCGUUUGAGGAGCGUCUCCGAAGAGCCGUCGAGGGCGAAAAGGAGGCGUUUUCCGCUGAACGCCGCAGGGUCGAGGAGGCGCAUGCAGUGGCGCUGGAGAGCCUGCGAACGGAGCUCACUCGCGACUUGCAAGGACAGACUGCGGCCCAACGAUCGCGAGCCGCGGAGCUGGAGCAGCAGCUGAAGGAGGCAGAGCGGCAGCUGCAGCGCGAGCGCGCGGAGAAGGCAGACGCCGCGAAGGCGUGGCAAGAGGACUUGGCGCAGGCGAAGAGGCGACACGAAGCGCGCGAGGAAGAAAUGAAGAACAAGGAAGCAGAGAUCGACGUCUUGAACUCGGUCCAGGACGAGCUUCAGCAGCAGCUGGCGGAGCUGAGAGAGCAGUGUGCGGAGUUGACCUCAAAGAGGGCUCUGGAAGAGGAAGAGAGAAGGAGGCAGGGAGAGGAGGAAGAGAGAAGGAGGCAGGGAGAGGAGGAGCGACUUCGUCAGGAGCUGACAAACGUGAAGCACCAGUUGGUGGAGGAGGAGCAGGAGAAAGGUCGGUUGACUGCAGAGCUGGCGAGGUUGACAGGGCUCUUCGAGCAACAGGGCGCGGAGAAGAAGCUUCUCGAAGACCAGACCCUCGCUCUCCAGGCACGCGAGAGAGAGGUCGGGGAUCUCCAGCGCAGACUCGACGGCGUCAGUCUGGAGAUGGAGCGCCACCGCCAGGAGGCCCAAGCGCAGUUCGAGCGCAUGCUGGAAGAGAGACAGUGCGAAUGGAUGCGCCAGAAAGCCGUUCAGGCAGAGGAAGCAGCGAGGACGGCGGAGGAGAGUCGCCGCCUCCUCGAGGCCGUUCAGGCGCAGCUAGACGCGAAAGAAGCCGCUCACAACGCGCUGGGUCAGGAGCUGGAGGCUCUGCGCGCGGCACUCCAGGAGAAAGAGAACGCGCUGGCGAGUCUUCCGAGAAAAGAAGACGUCGAAUCCGUCACUUCCCGGCUGGCUGCGCAGGAAGAAAGCAUCGCUCUCCUCCGCCAGCAGCUGGAAGACAAAACGCAAGAGUUUGUUGCGGCCGAGGCAACGUGGCAGGCAGCCCUCGAGGAGACAGAGAGCAAGGGUCUUGCAUGCGAAGCGAGAGUGAGGGAAGAGCUGGAGGCCGCGCACGCGACUGUCGUGCGCCAAAUGGAAGAGGAAGAAAGGCGCCUGCGGUUGGUCGUCGAUCAGGAGAAGAAGAAAGCGGCAGCGGAGGAAGCGGAGAAGCUCCGGCAGAAAUUUGAACGGCUCUGGGAUGAAGAAAGCCAGAAGAUGCUCAAGGCGUACGAAGGAGUUGCGCGGCGUCUGGAGGAGGUGCAAUACGCCAUGCAUGCCAAGGACAGGGAGCUUGAGGAAGCGAAGGAGAGAGAAGAAGACAGCCGACGUCAAGCGGCCGAGCGCGCUCACGGCGCCGAGGAAACAACCCGAGAACUGCGACAGAAACUCGACGAGCGAGAUGCAGAGAUCGCUGAUCUCCGAAAAAAGGCCAACGAGGAGCAGAGUGCAAAGCUAGCUGUCUUGGCAGAUCAGAAAAGAGUCUGCGAGGAAGUGGGCAAGAAGCGAGAAGCUCUGGAGAAGGAGGUCGAGGAACUCCGCGGCCAAGUCGAAGAGGCGAAGCGUCGCGAGCGGGAACGAGAGAGACAGACCGAGGAGGCAGAGGCGAGUCUGAGGCGCACCCUUCAAGAGCGCGACGAAGAACAGCGAGAGAAGGAUUUCCGUCUUCAGGUUCUCGAGGAGCGGCUCGAGGCCGAGAGACGGAAGAACGCGUCGGAGGAGAACAGGCGAGGGGAGGAAAUCCGGAAACUGGAGAAAGCGUUGGACGCAAUGAAGGAAGCAGAGCAGGAGAAGAGGCGAGCAGAGGCGGCGACCGCCGAGCUUGCAUCAAGGAUGGAGGCUCUGGAAGAGGAGGCUCGACGGAGACAGAAACGCGUUGAGGAGUUGGCCGCAGAACUGGAAGAGACCCGGCGCGUCCCUCCCACCGUUGAGGGGGUGAAGAAGGAAGCGCUGCUCGUGGCGAAACAGAACGAAGAACUUCGAAUGCGUACAGCCACCCUGUCGACGACAAGCGACUUCCUUUCCCGCCGUCUGCAGUUCUUCGAAGACGCUCUGGACAGUUUGGGUCCCUCAGGGAGAGCGAUCGUGUUGGAGGCGGACCGGACGGUGCAGCCUCCGGAGCCCGUGGAUACAGACACCGCAGCGGUCGCAGACGCAGCCCUCUCGCCUUCGCUUCCUGCUCUGAAUCUCCAACGGAGAGGAAGCUUUUCUGCUGUCGCGUCGUCCUCGGCUGUCCGUGUGCCGCGAGGUGGACCAGGCGCGGAGUCUCUGGACGCCUCGACAAACGCAGCUGUCUCAGGGGGCCACUUCGCAGGUCCCCCGUUCUCCCUUCCUCUCGGGAAUCUGCAAGUCUCUCCGUUGACAGUCGACGGGCCAGGGCAGAUGCCCGCUGGAGCGCGAGCGCCGCCAAAACCGCCCGCUUUCAUGCAAGCAUUCCUCCCCGCUGGGCGCGGAAGCACGCGCGCGCCUGCGGGAACUGUGCAGGAGUGA